GUGGUACCGGCUCCACUCCAAGCCUGGCAGGAAGGAGAAGGAGCGAGGCGAGAUCCAGCUGACCAUCGAGUUCACCCGCCAUAGCCUGACCGCCAGCAUGUUCGACCUCUCCGUCAAGGACAAGCCUCGCUCGCCCUUCAGGAAGCUGAAGGACAAGGUGAAGGGGAGGCAGAAGUACGACCUGGAGUCCGCCUCUGCCAUUGUGUCCAGCAGCAGCGGGGCGCUCGACGAGGACUUUGACCUGGGGGGCCGGAAGGACAAGGCCAAGGGCUUCUUCUUCAAGCGCCAGCUGCGCAGGUCCUCCCUGACCCGCUCCAGCACGUCCCUGGGCUCCGAGAGCACCGUCUCCUCCGCCAGCAGCCUGGCGGGCCUUGGGAGCACUGAGACGGUGGCAGCCUCGCCUGGCCGGCACAGCAGCCUCUCCACCGACCCCGCCGGGAGAGACUUUCUGCCUUCUCCAAAGCCGUCGCACAAGAGGGCCUUCAGCGAUGAGGUCUCCCAGAUCAGCGUGUGGCCGGAGCCCCAGUCGGUCCAGAGCCUGCAGACCCCGAAGGAGCCCAGCUCCAGGUCCUCACUCUGCAUCAAUGGGAGCCAUAUUUACUGCGAGGAGCCCUCCCACAAACCGUCCUUCGUGUCCCUGGCCCCCCUCCCUCCCUCCCAGGGCGAUCCCAGCAAGCAGGACAGGGGCUCUGCGGCUGGACUGCCUGCUGCUGAGCCGGACCUGCCGCCCUGGCCUGCCGGCGGCUUCCAGAAAGGACCCCCGAAAGACCCCCCGCGGUUCAUCCCCUCGCCCCCCAUCUUGGCGGCGCAGGAAGAAGACAAGCUCUCCGUGAAGACCAUUGCCCUGAACAAGCACCGGGUCCGAGUCAAAAUGGAAGAGGGCUUGCAGGCGGAGAGCAAGCCCGUUUCGAUGGCCGCGGCCCCGGUUUUCCCCUCGGAGGUCAGGAGGGUGAGGCCUCAGGAGGAGAGGGAACGAGCCGAGGCCGGCGUCUUCCAUCGUGAGAACGGCAAAGGCCGUGGCCAAAGCCACGAGGCAGGGAGCCCCGAGCCCGCAUCGAGCCUGGAGGCCACAGCUGCAGGAGAAGAGGGACCCGGGAGUGCUGGUGGUGGCGGUGGCCAGAUCGGCCUGCGAGACUCCAGGGAGCCGGUCCGGAAGCUGAGUUCCCAGCCUGGCCUGCCUGCUCCACCAGAGCUCGCCAAGGACCCAUGUGUCUCUGCGGAUGAGGGCCUCCCUCCCUCCGUCCGAGAACCGCGGGCUCAGCCCCUCACCCCAACUGCCAGCCACCUUGAGCCUCUGCCCGCUGCUGCUGCCGCUCCUGCUCACCCAUCCGUGGAAGGGGACGACGGCUUCGAUGCCUUUGCCGCCAGCCGGCUCCAGCCAGCAGCUCCGGGGGAGCCCCCCGAGCCCUCUCCCACUGCGGAUUCCCCAGGUCUGCCAGGGGGGGCAGCCGGUCUCUCCACACAGCAGGAGGGAGAGCCCCCCGGCCCAUUCAGGGUCCCACGGGAGAGUCCCGACCGGCCGCACUUCGUCUUUGGGGACAGAGGCCGGGCCUCGAGUGGGUCCGAGGGGGCCCUGCUGGCGAGGGAGACAUUCGGGGAGGGAGGGAGCUCUCCCCCCGAAGCAAGCGGCCUCCAAGAGGAGCGGGCCCAGGGGGAAGCUGCCCAUGCCCGGAUUGCAGGGCAGCCAGGGUCCUCUGAGCAGAUGGCAGCUGUUGCCUCAGCCGUCCCCGAAGAAGCCCUUGGCUGGGCCAUCUCCCCCCUGGCAGACCCCUUCACGGAGGAGCAGGACCGGCCGGCCCCUCGGAGCCAGGAGCAGGCGCUGCCUGGAAGCCAGCCGACUCCUGAAGCUGACAGCGGGGACGCCUCCUGGCUUUGGUGGGACCCGGAGAGGGAAGAGGAAGCGCUGGGCCUGAGGGCUGAGGACGCCACCCCGACCAGCCGUGGCCCUGCUGAGGAGGAGCGAAGGAUGCCAGCCCAGACCAAGGUGCCGGGGGGAGCAGAGCCCCCUCCCCCAGAGUUUCCGAGGAGGGUCUCCCCUCUCGGGCUCACAGAGGAAGCAAGCGGGGCCGGUUGGGGCACGCCAGAGCGCGCACGGCCGGGGGGCCCAGGCGUGGAAGCUCAUCAGCACCUCCCUCCUGUGGGGGCAGCUGGUUCUCCUCCAGCAACCACUGCCUCCCUGGCGCCGGCGGCGAUAAUUGGAGCAGGCGUCCGUGGUGCCGCUGAGGGCCGAGGGCCAGCUGCUGCGGGUGACGAGGCUCUGGAAGAUAACGAGCUGGCAAGCCAGGAGGCUUCUUCUGGGGAUACCCUGCUGGCAGUAAACGAGGGGGCCGGUGGGGCCGAGCACUUUACAACCUGCCCGUCCCAACCCUCUGUGGGCGGAUUAGGCCUCUCAGACGCCACAGAGAGUCCCAGGCAGGGCGGGCCCCAGGAGCCUGGCUCUGGCCCUCAGAGGCUUGAGUGUGCUUGGCCGCCAGGGCUCCCUGGCUCGGCCUCAUUGCGGAGCUUGGAGAGACUCCCUCGGGGGGCCCUGGAGCCCAGCCCCUCCCUGCUGUUCUGGUCCACCUUGGAAGAGCAGCGGGGGCUGCCUGGAGGGAGCGCCAGCCUGAAAGAGCCCGAAGAGCAGCUGUCUGGCCCGGAGCAGGACGAUGCGGCCGCCGGGCCUGCCCCCUGUCUGCCACCCCUGCUGGAGCAGUCGGGGCACCGGGACAGUGCGGGGCAUGAGCUGGAGCUCUCGCCUGGGGCGCCCAGCGACCCAGCGAUGGACUUCAAGAAGGCUUCUUUCUGGCAGGCAGGCAAGGGGGAGCCGGGCAGUGAGCACAAUGACCUUGUGCCGACUCCAGGCAACCCCUUUGCCUCCUGGGCCGCCCCCUCUCUGCAGAACAACCCCUUUGUGGACGUGCCCGCAGAUAUGCCCUGGGCCCAGGCCGCCAUCCUUCAGGUCUCCCCCAUCAUCGAUGCUCAGGGCCUUGGAGAGUUUCCUGCAGCGGCCGGCCCUCCUGGGGAUCUCCAUUCACACCGCUUCUCUCAGGAGCCCCCGGUGGCCCCCUCCCGGCCUGGCCCCCAGCCCCUGGCCUUCUCCACCCCUUCUGUCCAGGCUGCCCUGAGCCCCGCAGACCUCGACCUCCCUUCUCCCCUGGGGCAUCUGGCUGCCGAGGGGGCGGCUGCAGUGGAUGGCCUGGCCGUGGCCCCCCGCUUCCCUGUGCUCUCGCCACCCGGCAUGGAUGCCUCUGCCCCUUCAGUCCUGUCUACGGAGACGCCGCCGGCUGAAGACGCCCCCCUCCAGCAGACGGCCAGUCCACACCCAGUGAAGCCCAUGAGAAGCACGCCAGGCCCAGAGUCCCUAUGCAAGGAGAAGCCCCGCCAGGCUGCCAGCUGGAACCCCAUCCAGACUGCUGGCCAGGAGCAGCUCACGCCAAACCCCGCCAGCAGCGGGAGCUCCGCAGCCUCGGUGGUGCAGCUGGGGAAGAAGGAGUCCAAACAGACCCCGCCGGCCAAGUACCACCACCUGACGCGUGAGGAGCUGGUCCAGCUGGUGCUGCGACGGGAGGCGGAGCUGGGCAAGAAGGAGGAGCAGGUGCGGGAGCUGGAGAACUACAUCGACCGACUGCUGGUGCGCAUCAUGGAGCAGUCGCCCAUCCUGCUGCAGAUCCCCCUCGGGGAGGAGGCCGAGGCCACCCAAUAGCUCCCCCCACAAGAAGCCCCUCGCCCCUGCCUUCCCUGCCUGGGUCAGUCCUGCCGAAUGCCCCCUUCCUUUGGCCACAGCCAGCCCCCCCGCCCCCGGGAUGCCCCGUUUCCUCAGGCCCUCCAGCAUGGGAUGCUCUGGACCUCCAAACGACAUGAGUUGGUGGUGCAUUAGGGCUGUUUUUGGCACAGUGGGGCAUGCCCCCAGGCUAAGGGGCAGCCCUGCAGACAUCUGGGCCUGUCCCUUCGUGAACUCCCAGUCGGCUGCCUAGGUACAUGCAGGUAUAAGUCCUUGACGUCCUCUUACGCCCCCUCCCGCCAGGGCUGCAGUGGGGGGGCUGUGGAAGGGAAAGGCAGAGGAGGCUGACCCAGGAGAGGCCCUUUGAGCAGGCAGAGCCCCCUUUUGUCCCGGGACACACUCUUUGCCAUGUUCCAUGAGGACUAGUGCCUCCCUGCAGUUUGAUCGGUGUUCAAGGCUAUGCCAGCACACAGCACCUUGGAACCAGCCUGCUCUUUGUUGUGCCAUCUCUUGGGGCCUGGGGCACAACUGCCUUGCCCCAGAGAGGUGCCGAGGUGCAUGCCAGAACCACCCACAGUCCCUUUUCUCCAUCCUUUACUUGGCCUGGAGCGCCACACUAACGGAGGAGGGGGUGCCUCCGCCUGAAGCGGUAAUAAGGAAAAACGUGCCUUUUUGAUCAAAGGAGGGCAGCCUCCACCCCUGAAUCUGGCCUGCAUGCAAGAAUAGGUCCUCUCCUUGCUUACGGUGACCCCAGGAAUCUCACUAGCAGGGAGAGGCUGGCUUUUAAGGCACACACAUGCCACAAUGCUCAAAGGUUGGUGCCCUACAGGGCAGGAAUGCCCUAGCUCCUGAGGAGGGGGUGACACUUUGGGGAUUGACCCCUGGUCCGUUUGGCCACCUGGAGGUUUUGUGUGGUGGGUGGAUGCUCGCUGGCUGAACCCUUCUGGAAAUCCUGCGUGAGACGGGCAUGGCUCCCUUGCAAAGAUGUUUGGGGAGGGGGAAGAGUGCUGCUGCUGAAAGCAGGUGGCCUUAGCAAAGCUGGAGGGGGCAGUUCAGAUUCCCCCUUUGCACAGCGCUCUCAUGCAGCUGUCUUUCCCCCCAGUUGGCAGCCCCAGUGCCCCUACCCUGCCUCUUCUCAGGCGGUGCCGCCUAGAUGCUUGUUUGUCCUGUUUCUGCCGAGUGUUUCUACUGUUUGUCCCAUCAGCACCGAAGGUCUGGUGCUGCAGAGUCCGGGGGGGGGGGCCUGUGGGGCGGGGGGGGUCUGGGUUUGCCAUCCUUGGGCUUGCAGCGGGUGACCUCUGACUGCCACCUAAAAUUGCUGCCCUCUCCUUAGUCGCCCAGAUUUUCACCAGCCGCUGGACAGUGUUUUGGAGACUCUGGCGAAUGUUGCCUUGCGAAUGUUGUUAGAGAGGCUCCCACGAUGGUCCCUGACGAAAAGGGUGGGAGCACUCCUAGUUUUCCUUUGGAGCACAUCUGGCAGCCCUGCGGGCACCGUCUUUUCGUUGCAGGCUCUGCCUUGUCCUGUGCGUGGCCUCUGGAAGGAAGGGAGGGUCUCUUGUGUUAAAUGCCGUUGUUUAAAGAAGAUUCACUCUUUUCUGUUUUAAGCACUUUAAAGACAAAA